GAGUGAAGAUGAAGCUGGAGCUGCUGCUGUGUGCUCUGCUGUCGGCCUCUGCCCAAGAUUUCCACCAAGACCUGAGUGUAGGAGGCUGCUCUCACACAGACUCAGAUGAAGAUGCUCAGUACAUGUACACACUGGACCAGGAGGUGUACUGGUACGCAGACUUUAAGAACAACAGAGGAGUGGAACCACAGCCUGACUUCAUCAGACAUAUGACUAUAAUCGGAGAGUACGAGUUUGCGCUCCACGAACGAGAACUGUGCAAGAGGAACCUCAAGGUGGUGGAGAAGGGCAUGAAGGACCUGCCAGCACGACUGGACCCUCCCUCUCUGCUCAUGGUCUACCCCAGGACCCCUGUGCGUGUGGGGGAGCAGAACAUGCUGCUGUGCCUGGCCUCUGGGUUCUACCCGGCCCCGAUCCGGUUCUUCUGGACUUUGGACCAGAGGAACGUGAGCUCCUUCUGGGUGUCCCAGGCCUUUCUCCAGGAGGACGGAGCCUUCUACCAGCUCUCCAGAAUACAGCUCCUGCCAGAGGAGGGGCAGGUGUACAGCUGCAGUGUGGAGCACCCCGCUGUGAGGGGCCCCCAGAGGAUGACACGCUUUUACACUGUAGAGCAGGAGCACCCCCCAGUGGCCCCCACCGUGUUCAGCGCUCUGGGGCUGGUCCUGGCACUGGGGGGCGUUGCCAUCGGGACGUUCUUCUUCAUCAAAGGGAAAGAGGAAAUGGCGUUUCAGACUAGAUGGACUUUGUGAUGUCAUGUGUAAUGUCACUGAUGAGUGUGAGACUCACGUGUGGAUAAUUAUUUAAAUAUUGACCUGUGAAACUGUGAGAAGCACCUCUUCACUUUUGCCAUGGCACCAGAACUUUAAGUAGAAAUGUUCAAUAAACUAAAGUCUUUUUGGGCCACAUAAGGCCUUCUAUGACCUUUAACCUUUGGACCUUGGAUCUGUCUGUGUAAUGAAGCUGCAGCAAAUAUAAACGUGCCAUGACUACGACACAAAAGGCGCUGAUUAAACGAUCUCAGCUCAUGGUUCGACUGAUGCACUGUAUAUUUAAACUUCGUUUGUGUUGUAACGGUGGGUGUAGCGGACCAAAGAGUGCAGACUUGGGGCAGAUUUAUGGUUUUUAUUUACAAUAGUGCAGAGUAAAUAGUCAAUAGUUCAUAAAUCACAAAUGGGGACAGGGAGCGGGAGGCAGGCCAGACGGGCGUAGUCCAGAGCGAGCAGGAGACAUCCAGGGCCGGAGCAUGACAGGACAAGGCGCGGGAACAGGAAGGACUGAGCAGGAGUAAUCCAGCAAGCGGGAGCCAGGGCAGGUGACGGGAAACAAGCCGGAGACCAAGACAGGACAUGACGCGAAGACACACGUAGGAUCUCGCAGACAACGACAGGAAUGACAGAACGAAGGAACGAUGACGAUCACGCCCCGAGUGUCUAGUCCUGGCUCCUCUUAUACACAGCAGGUGGUGGUGAUUGCACUGAUGGGCUGCAGGUGCGCGCAGGAGGAGCCAGUAGCCCAGCCCAGAUCCGGCAGGUGAGGGAGGGAAAGAGCAGGACAGGAGGAAAACUAGGAGCGGACGGUGCGGAUCAUGACAGUUUGUUUGGAUCCUGAGUCGUUCUGCUCAUUUAUUGUGACUCAUUUGCACAUUUCAUUCUUGGUCAAUAAAUUUUCUUAAAUC